GUGGUGUACGUUCUCGUAAAGUGUCGAAACGAUUUGUUUUGCAGCGAAUAAGCCGGCAAUUUGGCGGCGGAAAGUGAAGCCGAACGAUUCCCACCAGCGCCGCGCAGUGUGUAGGAUUGUGUGUACGCUUGUUUGCAUAAGGAACGGCCGGCAGAUAGUAAAACCACGCGCGUGCCUGUUCUCGAUCGCUCUAGUGGAGGUCUUCAGUUGCGGUGCGGCAAUUUGUAGAUACUUCCCCGGGUAUUCGUACAAAAUGUUGGACCGUAUGUUUUUGGUUUUCCUUGCGGUUCGUAUCGCUUCAGUGUUUCUUGUGACGACAUGGUUCGUUCCGGACGAAUACUGGCAAAGUUUGGAGGUGGCCCAUCGCCUAGCGUUCGGAUACGGACACUUGACAUGGGAAUGGACUGCCGGUUUGCGAAGUUACUUAUACCCCGCGCUCAUUGCCGGCCUGUAUAAACUGCUCGCACUACUAAACGUUGACACGGUGGAACUGCUAACGGUCCUUCCGCGUGUCCUGCAAGCGUUGCUUAGCGCGUAUGCUGACUAUCGGUUCUACGUUUGGACGAAAAAAAGCAAAUGGUCCGCAUUCCUGCUAGCUUCCUCGUGGUGCUGGUUCUACGUCGGUUCGCGAACCUUAGCCAACACGAUCGAAACGUCGCUGACGAUGGUGGCGCUUAGCUACUUCCCCUGGACCUCGGAAUGCACCCGCUUCCUGUGGAUCGUAGGGUUAUCAUUUUUCAUGCGCCCCACUUCGGUCAUCCCUUGGGUUCCGCUGUGCCUGUAUCACUUCAAAAAAUCUACUCAUCCGACGUGGGAAAUUCUGCUCAAGCGAUACUUUCUGAUUGGGCUCCUCACGGGUGCACUCAGUGUCGGUGUUGACAGCUACUUCCACGGUUCGCUAGUGUUCUCAACGUACGAGUUUCUGAAGUACAAUGUGCUCAAAGGUGUGGGAAGUUUCUACGGAGAGCAUCCAUGGUACUGGUAUGUGUACGCCGGGCUUCCGACUGUGCUGGGAGUUUACUUGUUUCCGUUCCUUCUGGCAUCCUACGAAACCGUACGCCAUCGUAAGGUGUACAAGGAGCGUGCGGUACUCUUGUACUCAGUGCUCUUUACGGUGGUCGUGUAUUCCUUGCUUUCUCACAAAGAGUUCCGUUUCCUGCUACCGGUACUACCAAUGUGUUUGUACGUUGAAGCCGAUUAUCUGUCCCGUUGGAGUCGCAAAGCUUCGAGCAAAACAAUUUGGCUGGCAGCUCUUUUCAUCGUGGCCGUCAAUGGUCUAAUGGCUGGAUACACCGGACUCGUGCACCAGCGUGGUACGCUCGAUGUGAUGCCUUACCUGGCAUCGAACGCAAAGGAAUACCGCGAUGAGUUCAACAACCCGGCAAAAGUUCUUUUCCUCAUGCCAUGCCAUUCGACGCCGUUCUACAGCCACGUGCACCAUAACGUAACGAUGCGUUUCCUGCGCUGCGAACCGAACCUGGACGAGAAGGAAAAUUACGUCGACGAAGCAGCUCAGUUCUACGAAAAUCCGAUGGGUUGGGUGCGCAAGAAUCUACCGGUCCACCCAGUCAGCGCCCUUCCAUCGCACGUGGUUGCGUUCGAUGUGCUCGAGCCGCAGAUCAAAGACUUUCUUUCCAUCUACCGUGAGAAGGUGUCCUUCUUCCACACCGAUUAUCCAUCGGAGCGAGUCGGGCAGUUCGUGAAAGUAUACGAACGAUACGAUCCGAAUGCGACUCCUAGGACAACCACAACCACAACCACAACCACGACCCCCCUUCCAGUGGUAGAUGACUACGAAAAUGACAAUGAAGAGUACAAUGCUUAAAUCGACGCGCGUCUUAUCGACCAUAAAAAGUGUUCAUGAACUACUUUUUUCUUUAUCAUUAGCGCUUUUUUCUUGAAAUUUAAGAGCGUUCUAUUCGAUGCAAUAUCCUUCCGUAAGAAAAAGUUUUAAUACCGUAUGUUUUCUUUCCUAAUAGAUUAAGUUAUCUUACCUUCAAAGAAAGGUACACGAUUUAGUUUUUUUUAUAUUUUUCGCAUGACAUUUAGCUGAAGUUGGAAUUUUUAGAAUUAAAUUCUUAUUUCUACUUUCUAUUUAGCUGAGAUUUCAUCUUUUUGCAAAAUUUAUAUUUUCCAAAUUAUUUGUGUGAUUUCAUUUCUCUUCGAGAAACUGGAAGGUUGCUGCUUGGUUUUCUAUCACUGCCACGUUUUAUGUGUGAACAAAUCCUAAAUUUAAUCAGUCGUCUUCCUGCCGUUCACGAGGAAGGACUUUUAGCAUAAGGAAACUUUGUGCAACCAUAACAAGAGUAGUAAAUAAAGUG